AUGUACGUUUUCCAGAUCCUCAUCGUCGCCCUCCAGGCGUGGGCCAUCACCGCUUCGCCAAUUUUCCCUCGCCAACGCGAUGUCAUCACCGGGGCUCUCGGCAUGGUUUCAGACUCUCUCUCCAAGCUCGAUACAGCCGUCAAGGGCCUCUCCGCCAGUGACCCCAACUCCGCUGUCGCCGUUCUGAACGCUGCUCAAGGUGCGCAGACCGCACUCGGUUCCGCCACAUCUACGAUUGACGGCGCAAACAACCUGGGUCUCUUUGGUGCUCUUGGUCUUCAGCAGACUGCCACUGGCCUCGUGGACCAGGUCCAGACCACCCUUGGCGAUCUCGCUCAGAAGAAGCCCGUUUUCGACCAGCUUGGAGUCACACCAGUCGUCAGGGACGCCCUUGCACAGCAGAAGGCUAGCAGCGGACAGCUUGGCGAUACUCUCCUGGCCAAGGUGCCUGCGAUUGCACGCCCGAUUGCGCAGCAGAGCACCGGUCAACUCACCGAAGCCAUUGACGGCGCUAUCGCUGCGUUCUCUGCGUAG